AUGACCAAGCCGUAUCACGCCCCGAACAAGUCAUGGGUGGAUACUUGGAUUCCCGCCAUAUUUGGGUCUGCCCCGGGUCGACUGUUAGAUAUUCCACUAAAGCCCAAACCACUUGAGCAAGUCUAUGGGCUCAACAUCGACUCAAUCACAGAGUACACUCCGAUCAACUACGAUGCCGGCCAUGACAAGUCGGCACGAUCCAAGACCACCAAUAAUGACUGUACCCAACCCAGAGCCGUGGGGUUCAGUUGGCACAGCCAGAUCAGCGAGACUAUGAUGAAACCGAAGGUCCCUCGAGAUUCUAUCCCUUGGAAGCCGCCUGGUGAGGUAGCCGCAACCAAGAACCAGAACUGCAUACACGUGGAUAAGACCCAGAUAUGGAAGGUACAGAACACACUCCAGUUUACAAGGAAAAGUGACACAUAUAGCCUGAAACGGAAGAAAUACGGGUACACAUCAACCAUGCGCAGUCGCAGACUCAACGAGCUAAGAACUUGGAAGAAGGCCCUCGAGGGAAGGCAAUGUCUGCGACGCAAAGGUCGUUCAAAAGCAGGAACGAAGUCUAUCGAGAAAUAUUUGAAGGCAAACUCCGGCAAUACCGUCCAGAGCAAUGUUCAAUGGCCCGAUCAAACAGUCAAGAUUGGCAGGCUAUUUAUUUAUGUUGUGGGAUUCGCGGCCAUUUCCGCGUCAUGUGUCGGUAUUGGUAUCGUGAUAUUUAGACCUCUAUUUUUCCAGGGUCACUAUCAGAGAGAUACUGUUUUCUCUACUGUCACUAGCAAUGACGAAUCUUCGUCCAGUGGUAAAGCUUCUCUGAACAACCCCCAGUGUCGGUACACACCUCAGCGUCUGCGGAAGGCAAGGCUUGGGUUGAGCCCUGGUGGUGGAAACGAUUGUUGA